AUGGCAAGAGAUGCCAUCGAACAGAUUGACUUGACUCUGAGACUGAUAGAGUCUUACCCAGCGACUUUCCAACUGGUUUCGGAGCCAGACGAGGUUCCAGGAGUCUACGCUUCAGGGAAAAUUGCUUGUUCCAUAGGAAUCGAAGGCCUGCAUAUGGCUGGUAACAUCAUCGGCAUCAUUCGCGCUUUCUAUAGACUCGGCUGUACCCUCACACACGUGUGCAACAAUGCCUUCGCAGACAGUUCUACAUCAAAGAUUGGCCCUGUACACGGCGGAUUAUCCAAUCUUGGACGAUCAGCUGUUGUUGAAAUGAACCGACUUGGUAUGAUCGUUGAUAUUUCGCACGUCUCGGAAGAUUGUGCUCGACAGGUGUUAAGUAUGACUAGAGCACCAGUAAUGUUCUCUCAUUCGAACGCGAAGAGCGUCUUCGAGUGCCCACGGAAUGUUCCGGAUGACGUCUUGGAUAUGGUACCUGCAAAUGGCGGGAUUGUAAUGGUCACGUUCGUUCCAGAACACGUCGCGACGAGACGGAGAGACGCGACUCUUGACAUGGUCCUAGACCAUCUGUUCUACAUUGCCAAUAGAAUCGGGUGGGACCACGUUGGCUUGGGCUCCGAUUUCGACGGCAUUGCAUCGGUAAUCAAGGAUCUUGAAGACGUCAAGUGCUAUCCUAGGCUUUUGAAAGCAAUUCUUGACCGAGGCGCGACAGAAGAGCAGCUUGCAAAGGUAGCCGGCGCAAACAUUCUCCGAGUAUGGAGAGGUGUAAGUAAAGUGAGGAACGAGAUGAAAGCAGAAGGUGCUAUGCCUGUUGAAGAUGUCUGGGAAGAUCGUACGUGGUGGAGAUAUGACGGGUACUACCAGAUGCCAGACCCGGACCCGGAGGACAAAUUGGGCUUGGAUUGGUACGGAGUACCGCCACCGGACGAGGGGCUGUAUCUGGAAAAUUGA